UUUCCCGCCUGUAGCUCGACUCCUCUCCUAUUUCAGCAGUGAAACAGGAACUUACUCACCACUAAAACACUGAAAGUGCAGCCAUGAGAGGAGGAGGAGAGAACGAGAGGGAGGAGGAGAAACACAGCGAGUUCUCAAAUGUCACAUGGAGGGUGGAGUGUGUGACGUUCAACGCGGGCAGAAAGGGAGGGGAAAGAGAAAGAAAGGGAAGAACUUUUUCCGACAGUUUUUUUUCUUCUCCCAAACACUAAUUUCAAACAAAACGUGUUAACUUACACGCUUCAGGCAGCGAAUGAAUGCAGCGAUAAACAUAGAAGAGAGAUAAAGGACAAAUAAACGUUUGCUGAGAUCCCUCAGCUGCCUCUGUGCAGCAGAUGACAGCAUUAAAAAUUGACAGGGUGAAGUCGGUGGCCUUUUGACAGGAUUGAGACAUCCCCUUAAGCAUGACUUCUGAACUGGACUCUAGUUUAACCAGCAUUGACUGGCUUCCUCAGCUGGGAAUCAGCACCUUGCGAUCAGGGAAAGAAAGAGUGGAACGAAAAAAAGAACGAGGAAGAGAGAAGGACAUCCCUCCCAUACCUACACCGUCCCCCGGAUCUAAUUCCAAAGUGAAGCCCCCCCACAGCUACGCCACUCUGAUAGCCAUGGCAAUAAGUUCUGCUCCUGAAAUGAAGCUGAGCUUGAAUGAUAUUUACACAUGGAUCAGUAAUACAUUUCCUUAUUAUAGCAGAGCAGGAAGAGGAUGGAAGAACUCAAUUCGGCACAAUUUGUCCCUCAACAAAUGUUUCCGGAAAGUUCCUCGACCACAGAGCGAUCCUGGGAAGGGGUCAUACUGGACGAUGGAUGUACCGCCUGACUCAACUCAACCCAGAGGAGUCAAACGUCCUUAUCCUAAAGAGGAGGAGGAUCCAUCCUUGGAGGCCGAAGUGCCUGUCAGUCAACCGGAGCCCCUCCCACCUCAGCCAGACACCAAAAGCAUGUUCUCCCCCCCUCCUUGCAAGCAACGUCCAAGUGCCCCCAUACCUACAUCUCUUCCUUCGAACCCUCAUGCCGAUCCCCCUCUCCGAUUCUCCUUUGCUGAUUUGAACCUACCGGAUCUGUACAAUUCCUUUCAGUCCCUCUGUCGCUCCGUGAGAGGGAGAGUCACCUCACAAUCGGACGUUCCCAAUUUACUUGGAUUUACCCAUGAUAGUACACCACUCCACACCCCAACCCUGCCUCCUCUCUCCCCCUGCCCCUGUCCAAACCCCAAUAUUAACCAGUAUACCAACCCAAACUCUACUUUUAACCCAAACCUCAAUACCAACGGCAACUUCAACCCAAAUACACCCAAUACUAACUCUAGUUUUAUCCCAAACCUAAACCCAAACCAGAACGCUAACAUUCAUCCAACCUCCAACACUGAGCCUGACAAGCUGCUACAUGGUAAUGUUGUUCCUGCAGACUGGUUCAGUAACGCUGACUCUUUGAGAGAGAGUUUCAGAAUUGCUAGUGGUCUGGACUGGGCUAACAUUGACCUCACCUGUCACCCUGACCUGGUAGAGAGCAUGCGUCAGGCCGAGCUCUGUGACUGGGCAUUGGAUUCAGCUCUCUUCACCUCACUCUGUGAUUCACUCAACCGUUUCUUCACUCAGAAGGGUCUCAUUGGCUCGUCUUCUGGUGGCCCCUCCUCUUUUGCACAAAUGGCCCCACCUCCUCUCAAUAUUCUGCCCACUAACCCUCCCACCCUGGCUAGUUUAACUCAACCCUCUCCACUCAUAUUCUCCUCCCAGCUCCCUCCUGGCACUGGUGAACCUCCUCUACAAAGUCCCAGGAGAACCAUGACCCCUCACACCCACAACCAGACAGCACAAAGACCACCAGGGCUGCAGCCCACCACGAGCCAGCCUCUGACUCCUAACGCACUUCAAACUCAACCACUGACUCCAACAGGUCAUCCACCUUUGAAGAAUCUUCAUAGCAACAGUGAAGAAAUCCAGGAUGAUUUUGAUUGGGAUUCAUUGAUUGAAUAAUUUUGUUGGCAGAUACACACACAUGAACACACAGUAAGACAAUAAUUGAGAAUAGUCAUCAGUAUGUGUCAAGGAGGUGAGGCCAACUCAUUCAUCUUGUUUCAUGUUGCAUAUUCAACAAAAGCAGCACCAUCGUAAACAAUGACUAUCAUUCAGUUGUGUUUCCUUUUAGUUCAGUUCUGCUUUACAAUUUAUUUGGCACAAAUGGUGCUGCUAUAGUCAGCUGCAUGUUGAUGUGCUGGUUAACAAUGAUAACAAGCAUCAAAGUGUGAGAUUAACCAAAACGUGCAAUGCAAUAUAUUCAUCAUGUUUGUUUCUCAACUGCUCCUGACCUUGAAGGUUAGGGUGGAUCAAUCCUGACAAUGUUUUCAUUAAUGUAACAUCCCUUUUCUUUUAGCUCACGCUACACACGCCCGACUGCCUUCUACGUCAGCGUAUUACAAUGUAAAUAACGUUAGCACUUCCAAAGACUUAGCCAACUGACAAUGGUUUUUGCUGAAUGUUGAUCUAUUGAAAUACAUUUUUGACCAAAAAUUUGCAUGUACACAACAAUUUGUGGGAGAACAAAUGGAGUUUAACUGUACACUGAGAUAUAUUAUGACAAUACAUACUGUAUGGGUGUAUAUUGACUGAAAUUGAUCAACAUUUAUUGCUUGAUAUUACUACAUUUUGUCACAUAGCACAUCCCAUUAGGGAGGAACAGCUGUCUUCAGUUAAAAACAAAUAAAAGGAAAUGUUUAACUCAC